UUUUGCUACUACACGUUGUAUAAAUUUUAGUGGCCUUGACUGACUGCUCACUAUGAUCUUACUUCGCAUGUAGGCGAACUACGUGACCAAAUGUAAGAUGAGAUUCUGUUAUCGUCUGCAUUUUAGCAAGACACUCGCAGACGGUACAUUGUAAUUCAUUGUUCGCUUCCACAAAUUCAACGAGUACGUCUAAAAAGUUAGUUUUAAACGGAUCAGGAAAGAACCGCUUAUCGGAUUGACCAAAUUGUAAUUUAUAGAAAACAAGGAACACGCGUAUUAGCCAUUGUUGUACUUCAAAGAGUAAUGUUUAAAUUCGAGGAGUGAAUAAGUUGCAAAGGAGGACACACUUAAAAUGGGUUCUAUACUGAGUUACUUCUACGGAUAUCCCGACGAUGGUAUCCUUGACCCAAAUGUCGGAUUAACCGGAAAAGAAAAGAGACUUGUGAGAGAAACCUGGAAUACAAUCUAUGCGAAUUCUGUAAAUACUGGCGUUGCUAUUAUGUCAAGUUACUUCAAGCAGUACCCACAGUAUCACAAAGUGUUUCCAGCGUUCAAAGAUAUACCACUGGAUGAACUGUCAGCUAAUAUGAAGUUCAAAGCGCAUUGUCAAUUUAUCAUGAGCACUUUAAGCAAUGCUUUUAAUGCCCUGGACGACAUUGCUCUGAUGGAAACGAUCUUACAAUCCACUGGUCAAAAACAUGGCAGAAGAGGUCAAGGUAGACAAGAAUUCAUUGAUUUGAAGGGAGUGAUGAUGGAAGUGAUGAAAAACGAUUUAAAAUCGAAAUUUUCUCCAGAAGUGGAAGCUGCUUGGAGUAAAAUGAUCGACGUAGCAUUUUUAAAAAUAUUCGAAGGAAUGGAGAAUCGAUGAAUAGAACCGAUUUUAAUGAAAAUCUGUCUCCGUUUCACUGUCUACGUGGGCAGUGUCAGUAAUAUCAUCGCUACUUUCAGUACUAUAUAUUAUCCUGUUUUUCUGCUCCUGUGUACUUCGGUUUUCGCUGCCAGUUUCCUUCUGGUUUAAUUUUCUACAAGAAAGAACAUAAACAUUCACCGAUGACCGCUAAACUUAAAGGGGCAGACCACUGUAGCAUUUUUUUAUAAAUCAAUUUUUUUUUUAUAUUUCUUAAAAGAAUGUCAAGCAAUAUUUCAAGAAUAUUGUGUCAAAAUUUGAAAAAGAAAUCUCUAGAGUUGCUAGAGUUGCAGCGUUAUGUGUGGAGUAAUCUUAAGCGUUUACAAUCUUAAGCGAUACUUUCAAACCUCGUUUACAGCUUUUUGAGAGUAAUACAAUAAGUUCCAUCCAUAUGAUUUAAAUCAUAUUCUCUUCAGAAACCUUGUCUCUGUGGCCUGACGAAGCUGUUAAAAAAAUAUUGAUAUCUUCUAUUAUCUUUUUGAUAAAAAAAUGACAGUUCUCCGUUAAAUUCUAAAAUUGUGUAAUAAAAGUCGCGCCAUUUUCUUUUUCUUUGAGAUACUAGAAAGAUCCUGCGUCGAGUCGUAGCCACAGGUAUUUAUGUAGUGAAAGAAAAGCUUUAGUUUUUUUUUAUUUCAGAUGCAAUCAGUGGUCACAAAGUUGUUCACUGAUCACUAAUGUUUUUUUGCAGUGCUCACUUGCGCGCGAAAUAGAACCGUAUAACGCCAUACUAAUAACAUUAUGAUACCGGUUUUUAUUUGUUUAUAUGCAAUAUAAAAUAUACUGAAAGUUUGAAAACAAUUUAUCUCAUAGUUUCUUUAUAAACAUUUUCUAAAUAUAUCUUUCUUAAAAGUGCUUUUACAGUGAUUUGUCCAUUUAAAUGCUUUUCUAAAUGUUGUUAAAAAAUACUGUAUGCUGUAUUUGCUACAUAAUCUAAAAAAGGGUAAUAAAAUACAAGUCGUGUAAUAACCGUACUUGUACUUGGAUUUCCGAAAGUGUUCUCUGAUUCUGUGUAAUAGCAUAGCACAUAUCAAUGUUAUCAGGGUUCCUAACAAUCCGAGUAAAAUUGCGAGGAGAACAAUAUCGAUUUGUAUCCAAGGAUCUUCUUCUUCUUCAUAAACGUUGCUGGGUUUGAGAGUUAUCGGAAAACUGUAAUCAUGAAAAAAUCGAUCAUCGCUUUAGAUUGUUUAGAUUAAAUGUUACUUUGUAAUUGAUAAAGUAUUAUCUUUUGCGAUGAGUGAUAAACGUAGAAUGGUAACGGUCUUUUGAUCCGACCAUACGCAUAAGUGAGAGUGGAAUUUAAAUAUGUUGAUAAACCACACGAUUAUUUCAAAUAAAUUCACAUCAGCUACCGAACAGGUAUGUCUCUGCUAAAAUUUUAUCAGACAGCAUAAAUAACAAACUGUUACAGCGUUUAGAAAUAUUUAAAACAAUAAUUGUAUUAUUACAAUGUUAACAAUAAAUA